AUGAAGUUUUCAAUUCGACUUGUUGCCUUGCUGGCGGGAUUGGCUGCGGGGAUUCCCAGUAAAGUUGACAAGCGGGACCUAGAAGCAGAAGCUCUUGAAGAAUACUGCGGCAUAGAAGGGUUUGAAACGGGUGUUAUGACGCAAACCGAUAAAGGGCUUACAGGGACAUGUGUCAACAAAGAUUCUAAAGGUGCUAAAGGAACUAUACAAGCUAGUAUAGCAUUUUGUAACAAAGUUGGCAGAGGAUUUAGGGGAGCCGCAGGUCCUCAUGAACUUGGUGACUGGGUGAUUAUCUGUGGGCCGAAAGACAGCGGCAACCAAGCAGACGUGAAAUCCGGUUUGGCUGUUUUGAAUCAAAUUAUUGCCGAUUCAGAAGGUGACAUUGACAAAAUUAAGAACCAUAUUAUGUCGUUGUCAAGAGAUGCACCUGGCACAUUAACUGGCAUGUACACCGCCCUUAAAAGCCCCCCCACUAAGAACGGGGUCGCCCUGGGUGGAUGGCCAGGUGCUAUUCCAGCAGGAGCGAUAAUUCUUUAUGAUUUUAUCAAUGCCAACAUUGGAGAAAAGGGCUUAUUUGACCCUUCAACCAAGGCAGGCCAAUGGAUACGAACUAACCCGAUAUCUGGAAAACCGGGACAACCAUCUCCUUUCGAAUUUGCCCCGGGGGGGUACUAUAGUGAGUUUUAUAGGCGCACACAAAAAUGUGUACCCUUUAAAGACAAGAGUGAGUGGUAUUGGUCUCAGGAUGUAAAACGAUGUAAAAUUUGGCAUGACGAAAAACAAUGCGAUACAUCCUAUGCCUAUGAUGCCGCUACGGAUAAUGGAAAAGAACAAGAACGAAUAUGUGACAUGGAAAUCAAGAAAAACCAAAUAACGCCGCAGGAGAGGGAAGAGCAGAUAGGACGAGAAGAGGCUAGCUGUGUCCGUCCCCAGUGGUCUUGCCAGAGCUUCGAUGUGAGCGGCACUGUGGCGAGCCGUGUGGGAACCAGUGAUUGGAAGUUCAAGUACUGUAUGGGCGAGGACGAGUCAUCUAAGGCUGUGUGCAGGUCGAACGGCGGGACCCCAUUUAUGGGGCGGGCCAAGACUCCGGACGAGAUCGAAGAGGAGAAGGAAAAGCUGAGACAAAAAGACGAGGCUAACUGUGUCCGUCCUCGGCUGUCUUGCAGGGGCUGGAAUGGGAAGUUUAUAUACUGCAUGGAAAACGACGAGAGCGCUAAAAAUGAAUGCAAGAGGAAUGGCUGGCUCCCAGGCUAG